AUGCCCAGACAGGAUGCAGAGGGCCGCCGGCUGGUCUCCCCACCCGUCAGCAUUACCUUCCGUGGGUCUGAUGGCCGGGAAAUCCCAUUGACCUCGCUGGCAAGGCCCAUUGACAUCCGCUUGCCUGCCACGAGUGCGGGGGCCUUCUGCGCUUUCUGGGAUGAGGACGAAGGAACGUGGUCGACGAGGGGCCUGGCCUUGCUUUCUGUUGAGGACGGGAUCGAUGGCCCAGAACUCCUGUGCCAAACAACUCACCUGACUCUCUUCGGUGCCUUGCUGGACACUUUGAUAAAAGUGGUACAGUGCUCCACGGCCUCAGAGGUCUUUUCCGCAGAAGGUUUCGAGAAUCUGGGCAAGGGCAAGUGGCUUUCCUACACGUACGUUCCCUGCAUCGCUUUGUUGUUGUUCAUCCUCUUGUUACUGUACGCCGUUCGCCUGGACACCCGGCGUUCUUUGUCAAG